GGAAAGGGAAGGUGGCCGUUUCGGCAAUGCUGUGUGGCAUGAGCGCCUCCGCAUGAAGGGGCUAGAGAUACGGUUCGUGGAUGGUGCCAAUGGUGCAGCGUCGAGUCAAGUGGCCGACCACAAUGCCAUUCAACAUGCGAGCACAGGAGCAGACGAGGACACGGAGAAGGUCACUUGGCUCAGGUCCGGGAUCAUUCUCAGAGAGUCGCCGACGAAACUGGU